AUUAAAUUUUAUUUUGUGUUAAUUUGUAAAUUGUUGCUAAUGUUGUUCUUCCUCAUAAUUUUAAGUGAAGUUUCAAUUACAAGCUUAAUUACGAUAGAGUUUUGUUUACUUAGUUUGAUUUUUAGUGUGUUAUGAAGUUUGUGGUUAGGUAGUUUGAUUUGUUCAGUCAUUUAUAUGUUUAGUGAAUUUGUAAAAGAAUUUAUGGAUGAUCAUGCCAUUUUGGAUGUAGUUUAAACAGUAAGAUACGCUAAUGGUGAGAAAUGCUCGGUUUAUCCUGUUUUAGUGGGUUAAAGAUUGAAACGGCAAAGUGGGUUGAAGAACGCAGAUGCUAGCUGGAAAAGGGUGAAAGGCGUAAAUGAAAUACAAUGAGGUUGUUGCAAUUACUGUAUACUGCUUGCUAGUUGUUGAAUUCUAUGCUUUCCUUGCACCUUUCCUUGGAGGAAGAAUAUGGGAGUAUGCUUUGAUUGCCACAUAUUCUCCAGUGGCACUCAUUGUUUUCAUUCUGUACGUGAGAUGCACUGCCAUUAAUCCUGCGGAUCCAGGAAUAUUGUCUAGAUUUGAUGAUCAACCAGCCGUUAACGGUUAUGGGAAGCAUAGAGAAUUAACCAAGGAUGUAUCUAGUAGGCGUGAUGGGAAUGGUACAGAUGGUCAUUCCUCCCCGUAUUCAGUGUCUAGAAGCUCGACAAUGGCAAGUAACUUGAGUAAAAUUGGUUCAGCAAGGGAAAUACCCAGGCUUGAUGAUCCUGUACAGCCCGUAAAUAAAGGGUCAUCAUGUAGUGGCAUUGGUGGAAUCUUCUGUUUAUUGUUUGCCCAUGAAGAUUGUCGUAAAGAGGAGGAUGUGGAGCACCAACAAGGCAACGAAGAAGAUGCUUUAUUUUGCACGCUGUGCAAUUCUGAGGUGCGCAAAUUUAGCAAGCAUUGUAGAAGCUGUGAUAAAUGUGUUGAUGGGUUUGAUCAUCAUUGUCGGUGGCUCAAUAAUUGUGUGGGGAGAAAAAAUUACUUAACUUUUAUCUCUCUUAUGGCCUCAAGUCUUAUUUGGGUAUGUUUUGAAGCAAACAUUUCUCUUUUGAUGGUCUAUUCUUUGAACAAUUUUUUGAUGUUUUUCACUUGUUUGCUGGUUAAGCUUUUUAUUGAAGCAGGAGUUGGUAUUGCUGUGUUUGUGCGUUACUUUGUAAAUAGGAAGGGUAUGGAGACUGCAAUUAUUGAUAGACUUGGUAAUGGUUUCACUCCUGUCCCAUAUCCAACUGUGGUGGCUGUCUUCACUGUAGUUUCCAUAGUAGCUUGUCUACCUUUGGGUGAACUGUUCCUUUUCCACAUGAUACUGAUGAAACAGGGUUUUACUACAUAUGAGUAUGUUAUGGCUAUGAGGGCUAUGCGUGAGGCAGAACCAGGUGCAGAAUAUGAUAAUGAUGAGAUACCUAAUGAAAUAUAUUCACCAAGUGGGUCUGCAACAACUGGUUUCAGUGGUGGCAGUUCUUUAGGACUUCAGUACAAGGGGGCUUGGUCCUGUACGCCGCCUAGGGUAUUUGUGGAUUACCAGGAAGAAGUUAUCCCCCAUUUGGAACCUGGAAUGGUCCCAUCAACCACUGAUCCAGAUGCCGCAGGACGACUCAAGGCUCCUAGAAAGCCAGUAAAGCGUAGUGCGUUUAAGCUUGCAAAGUUGGAUCCUAAUGAAGUGAUGAAGGCUGCAGCAAAAGCCAGGGCUUCAUCAUCUGUGCUACGACCAGUUGAAAACCGUCGUCUGCAAACCAUUGAUUACAGUUCCAGUGAAAACAUAAGCAUCCAAAGUAGUGUCAGUGCAGAUAUGGGUGCAAACAGAGAUUUUAAAGGCGACUUCAGGGUCUCAUCAAUGAGAAAUUCGGUACCUCCGAGCCAGGGUAGCAGGGAUGAAUAUGAAACUGGAACCCAAAGUAUGAGUAGCUUUAGCAGCCCCAGUCAUGUACAUGAAUCUGUAACUCUAAGUCCUCUCCCACGAGCUCAUGGCUCAAGCCAUUUCAACGCAGUUGGCUCUAUUCCUGGUUUAAACCCAGCACAACCUUCCACUUCUGAAGGUAUCCACCAUAGUGUUAAUCCAGUGCCCGGUUUUUCGUCAAUUCCCGAUGACAAAAAGUGUCAGAAAGAUAGUAGUACAGAUCCUUUGCUGUUCUCAGCAUCAACCGCACUUCUUAGAGAUGUGAAAAGGACUUCAGUUGUCUGGGACCAAGAAGCUGGGAGAUAUGUCUCGGUCUCUGCCACAGCAGAUGCCAAGAAUAGAUCAUCACAGCAAAGUGCAUCAUUGAAAGCUAAUGUAGAUACGAGUAGUUACAGUAGAAGGCCAGCGCCAGCUAUUCAACCAGUGGAGACGUCUUCCUCAAGAGCUCCUCUGCAGCAAUCAGAUAAACUGACGUACACUGGUGAAAGCAUUUUCUACGGUGGGCCACUUUUGAGUAUCCCUGGUAAAGAUAGUGCAAAAUCUGAUAAGAAUUCAUUAUUUAGGCGCGGUCAGGAGCGGCUGGUCCCAAAUUUAUCAAGGGAAUCAAGAUUUAAAAGAGACGCUGCUUCAAACCAGCUGCCUGUUUUUGUUCCUGGAGGUUUCGCCCCUAAUGCUUAGUCUUCUCUUGUUGUGAGGUAAUAGUUCAUCUUAAACUGCAUAGAUGGCACAACUUUUGUGUGGACCUCAGCUAAGUGUUGAAUUCAGAAUUCGCAACUAAAUGAAACCUUACUGAGCUCGCUAAAUGCCCAAGAUUGGAACUGGAUAUUCUGUCAUGGCUGCCGAGUUGCAAACUCAUAUAUUUUCAUUGUUUGACAUUGCUGGCGUCGAUUGUUUGAUAUGAUCAAAACGGAGUCUGAGUUUCCUUGCCAUCUUUAAUAUUGGUCACUCUGAUAUGGUUAAGGCUCGCUUUUUAUCCGGUGGUUCCAUCCUCUCUCCCUCCCUCUUGCUCCUAAUGUUAAUAUUUGAAAAUUUGGCUCCAUCAAUGAACGACAUUUCUCCAGCUUUUCAGUUUCACGGCUCCCACGUUUGCAAAGAUCUCAUCUUCCUCCCAACUGCCUCCAGCGUUUGUAAAGAUCUCACCAACAAUGUUAAUAUUUGAAAAUGUUAGAUGAAGAAACGACUGCAGUAGCUAUGACUUGCUUUUUCUGUUGAAUGUGGAAAUGAUGUUGCACUAAUGAGAAAUAUGAAGAAAUUUGGCUCCAAUGAAAAUUUUCCAUCAAGCAAUUAAAAAGCCGUCAUAUCAUAUGGAUGAGAACGACUACUAGAACUGAUAUAAUGGUUUAUGUCGUCGAUUUUAAUCUUUUAGAAUUAUGGUUUUAAUGUUUUUACUGUGUUACAACAAAUAAGGAGCUGUAAGGACAAAUUAUAAGAUUUUAUUCCAAUAAACAUACUAUGAAUAAACGUGAA